UCGACUGGACCUCAGCACGAAGGAGAAAGCGCGAGGUUGAACUUGUGUGGUCGUUGACCUGUCUUUAACGUCACGAUGUUGAAAGAGUUGGUAAGGGAGCGACUCAUUGCGGCCGCCGACGAAAUCUUCGGGCUGUUUGAAGGAACGAUCGCGUCGUACGAGGAGCAACUUUGUCGAGCGAGAGAGGAGAGCGAGCGACACCGACGACAACUGGAAGCUGUUUACAAGACUCACACUGUGAUAUGCAACAAAGAUGUCCAGCAAGUGGAGGGGAGCUCCAGGUUGGAGCAGGAGGAUCCACAGCCCCGCCAACCUAAAGAAGAAGAAGAAGAAGAGGAGCAUCCAGAGGUCGUCCACAUUAAAGAAGAGGAGGAGGCUGCUGCCAUCAGCGAGUUGCGACUGACCGGUGUCUAUGUGGAAAGUGAAGACGACAAAGCUAAAUCACCUGAGUGGUCACAGCAUCAUCAUCAAAGUCCAAGUAGAGACCACUGUAGAGGGCCACCACCACACAUCAUUUUUGUUCCACUGUCACAUGGUGACAACACAGAAGAAACUUGGAGGAGCGACGCUCACGAUGGUGACGACAAUCAGUUGAAAUGCUCUGAAAAGGAGACCACUUUUGGCAACGGGGAAACUUCACAGACAUGUAAAAAACGUCUAACCUGCUCCGUUUGUGGUAAAUGUUUUGCUAAACAUCAUAUGGUUAGACACAUGAGAACACACACCGGAGAAAAACCCUUCAAUUGCCCAGUGUGUGAGAAAACAUUCUCUCUCAAGGCACAUGUGGUGUCACACAUGAGAAGACACACGGGAGAAAAACCUUUUAGCUGUGCAACUUGUGGUAAAACCUUCUCUCAAAGGCUGUAUCUGGUAUCACACAUGAGAAUACACACAGGGGAAAAACCUUUUAGUUGCUCCGUUUGCGGUAAAAGAUUCACUCAAAAGCCGAACAUGGUGUCACACAUGAGAACACACACUGGAGAAAAACCAUUUCAUUGCUCAUUUUGUGGUAAAGGAUUCACUCAAAAGCCAAGUAUGGUGUCACACAUGAGAAUACACACAGGAGAAAAAGGCUUUACUUGUUCAGUUUGUGGUGGAAGCUAUGCUCGUAGGUCUAAUUUGACUGCACACAUGCGCGCUGAGCACCAUGAUAAUAAAUGAAAAUACUUCUGGUAUGUUCUCAGAAUGUGAAGAGUAUGAGUGCAAAAGCUGUAUAAAACAUACAUAUACCGUUUGGAGGUGGUCCUGUUGCAACAUGACUGUGCACAAAGCAAGGUCCAUGAAGAAAUUGAUGUGAGUUUGGUGUGGAUGAACUUAAGGGCGCUGCACAGAGUCCUGACCUCAACCCGAUAGAACACUAUUGGAGGAAGAUACUGAGAGCCAGGUCUUAUUGUCCAGCAUCAUCGUGUGACUUCACAAAUGUGCUUCUGGAAGGAUGGUUAAAAAAAAAAAAAAAUCCCAUAAACACACUCAUAAAAUUUGUGGGCAGCCUUUCCAGAAAAGCUGUUAUAGCUACAAAUGGUGCACUGAUAUAUUAAACCCUAUAGAUUAUGAAUGGGAUGUUACUUAAACUCAUGUACAGGUCAAGACACUCAUAGUGACAAUGCAUUUGUGUAGCACUCUUGAGUGUGUGAAUUAAUCAAGCAAUAUAAAUAACACAUUCAAUAACAAUUAUUAUUGACAGUAUUCAAGUGAUUUGGUAAUAAAUUAAUUCAAGCAGCAAAAACAUUGCGAUGACUACUCUUUAGGUCGCAGAGGUAAAAGAUCUAGUAAAACUCAAAACAAAAUCUCAGAAUUAAGAAUUUGAUCGUAUUUGACUAGUAUAACAUCAAUUUGCUAACGGAAUUUGACUGGAGUCAAGUUUUGCGUAAUGUGGACGGUAAGCGCAAAAUGCUAUAGACAGGCUAACAAAGCUAGCAUCUGUAGUGCAAUAGUCAUGUUUAAACAAUUUAUAUUUGAACAGAAGCUGUGGCAUCACAUUCCAACAGAGCAUGCAGUGAUAUUCACAGACAUGUAUUCUUUAUCUUCUUUAUAAAGUCGAAUCAUAUUAUGGUUUCUGUGUGUCAUCAUUAAACCAGCCAAUUUUUUUUAUGCUGCCCCCUCGUGGCCAAGGUACCGCCACACCAGAAAGAGCAGAGAGCAAUGCCCCGUGAAUUAUCCCGAUGCACAAACUCUUUAAUUCUGUCUAUUCUAUUCUAUUUAAUUAUAUUACUGUAUUUUUUUAUAUAGAGUACAAAACUGACUUAUACACUGUUGAGUGUUUCUUUUCCUCUUAUUAAAAACAGGUUACGAAAAAUGGUGGUGGUGUUUUUUG